GAUGAAGUGGAGCUUUAUAGGUGAAAAGGAGCACACAGAACACGACAGCAUAGUGUAACAGCAUCUUCAUCCGCAGAGUGAAACAAAAACAGAGGAACCCAAAAAAUUAAAAAUAAAAAAGAAAAUUCUAACCCGUGAAGAAACAUAGUAAACCAAAAAAAAAAAAAGGAAAAAAAAGAAAAAGACACGUUACCCCUUUGUCUCUGCGGGGGUGUGGAUCUUGAGAGAUUGUGGAUCUGAAUUGGUGUUAGGGUUUUGAAGGGUUUUUCCUUUUUCUUCAAUGGCCACGCCCUUUCCCAUUCCCCUCACUGCAGCUCAGGUUGGAACGUACUUCGUUGGGCAGUACUAUCAGGUGCUUCAGAAUCAACCAGAGUUCGUGCACCAGUUCUACUCCGAUGCCAGCACCAUGCUUCGUAUUGACGGCAAUGCCAGGGAAACCGCCGCUGCAAUGCUUCAAAUCCAUGCAAUGGUUAUGUCACUGAGUUAUACUGGAAUUGAAAUCAAGACUGCACAAUCACUAGAAUCUUGGAGUGGUGGUGUUAUUGUGAUGGUUUCUGGAUCCGUGCAAAUUAAGGAUUACAACUGGAGAAGAAAAUUUAUGCAGACAUUCUUCCUUGCACCCCAAGAAAAAGGCUUUUUUGUGCUCAAUGAUAUUUUUCACUUUGUUGAAGAGGAUCCAGUUCCCCAGCAACAAGCAGUCUUGUUACCUCAGGGCAAUCUUGAUUCAAAACUGAAUGCUCCUAGUACAGUCAAUAAGCCAGUGUCCAACUACCUGCUGGGUGGAGAUAUCCAGGCUAGGGAAUUUGUUGCUACAAAUGAGGUCAAAGAAAAUGGUGUAGUUGAUAAUUAUGGAUUUUCAGAGCAACAAAUGCAGCGGGGUCCUGACUCGAAACAUAUUAGGGAAGACAAUGCUGUUGAAGAGUCAAAUGGUUCACUUCAAGCUUCAGUGAAUGCAGUGCAAGACAAUGUACCUGCCUCUCCUGAUGAACCUGCUGGGGAGCCACAAAAGCACACUUAUGCUUCCAUUUUACGGGUUGCCAAAGGACAAUCUAUGCCAUCCGUAGCUUCUCAGCCUUCUCAUAAGAAUGUGUCCCCUUCAGAAUGGGAUCAUUCUCCACAGAGCAAUAGUCAGCAACAGCAAGCAACUGCUUUGGCAAAUGCAUUUGAAAGGUCUGAAACUGAUGCAGUAGAGGAGCUUCCUGCUACGGAAGAUGAAGAUGAAAUCAAAUCUGUUUAUGUGAGAAACUUGUCACCUACAGUGUCUCCUUCUGAAAUUGAAGAGGAAUUCAAGAAUUUUGGUAGAAUCAGACCCGAUGGUGUUGUCAUAAGAAGUCGCAAGGAUGUUGGUGUUUGUUAUGCAUUUGUUGAAUUUGAAGAUAUGACGGGUGUUCAUAAUGCAGUCAAGACAGGGUCUGUUCAGAUAGCAGGAAGACCAGUAUACAUUGAAGAACGGAGACCAAAUAGUAACAUCCCUUCUCGAGGAGGAAGACGAGGUAGAGGUAGGGGUAGCUAUCAAUCAGAUGCAACAAGAGGACGUUUCGGUUCAAGGAAUUUCGGCAGAGGAAGUGGCCAAGAUGGCGGUGAUCGGGAGUAUAACAAAUCGAGAGGAAAUGGUUAUUAUCGACCAAGUCCGCGCCAAGAGAGGGGAAAUUCAGGGCAUCAAGUACCAAGAAAUGGGCAGAAUCUGGCUGAGUCUUGAGUCAACAAGAAACUUCAGCUAGAGAAUCCAAUUUUGGGUCCAGAUAAUUGAGGUCUAAAUAGUCAAGUUCGAUAGAUUAGACCAAAUAUUGAUAUUUUUUAAAUCUUAAAUUGUUCAGGGCAUAUGGAUAAGAUAUUUUCUUUUCUGAUAAAUUUUGUUCAAGGGGCUUCGUGUUUCAUUUGUUUCUCCAGGUAUUUUAUGUUUAGCUGGAAAUGUGUUUAAAACAUUUGACAUUUAUUUACUCCAAUUGAAAUUUGAAAUCUAGUUGUCGUUACUUCAGAGUUUGAUAUUAAUAGCUCUGUAUUGGUGGAUUAAUUUCUCCGUUGCCUUUCGGCUUAUGCUCUUAUCAUAACAAGAUAGGUAUCCGUU